GGCCCCGUGGAGCCCGCGCGCUCCCGCCUGCUGGGGGAGGGCGGACAGGGCGCGGGGACCAGACAGGCCGCGGCGGGCGCUGUUUCUCUUUCGCUUUCCCGGGCUCGGAGGCGGGCGCGCCGGCGGACCGAGGAGCGACGGCGGCUGCUGGGAUAUGAAAAAGCAGGGCUGCCCACAGGAGUGAUGACCAGUGGUCUUUGCUCAGGCUGGAUGUUGAAGCUCAUGCCUCAGGACACCUACCGAGAAGAGUGCACCAGCUACUGGGAAGAGCUUUCCAUCCACCUGGUACCCCUCUGUGCCUGAACUGCUAGAGCCAGCUAACCACAAAUGGCUACCCAAAGGAAACACUUGGUGAAAGAUUUCAAUCCUUACAUCACCUGCUAUAUCUGCAAAGGAUAUCUGAUCAAGCCAACAACAGUGACAGAAUGCCUCCACACGUUCUGUAAGACCUGUAUUGUCCAGCACUUUGAAGACAGCAAUGAUUGUCCAAGGUGUGGCAACCAAGUUCAUGAAACAAAUCCAUUAGAAAUGUUGAGGUUGGAUAAUACAUUGGAGGAAAUUAUAUUUAAGCUGGUACCUGGACUACGAGAACAGGAACUUCAGCGUGAAUUGGAAUUUUGGAAGAAAAAUAAACCUCAAGAAAAUGGACAAGAUGAUGUUUCAAAGGUUGACAAAUCUAAAGCAGAUGGAGAAGGUGAUGAAAACCAAGAUGAUAAGGACUACCAUAGAAGUGACCCACAAAUUGCUAUCUGUCUGGAUUGUUUACGAAAUAAUGGGCAGUCAGGGGACAAUGUAGUAAAGGGUCUCAUGAAGAAAUUCAUUCGAUGUUCUACACGAGUUACUGUAGGAACUAUUAAAAAAUUUCUAAGCUUAAAACUAAAACUUCCAAGUUCUUAUGAGUUGGAUGUGCUGUGCAAUGGUGAAAUUAUGGGGAAGGAUCAUACUAUGGAAUUCAUCUAUAUGACAAGAUGGCGACUAAGAGGAGAAAAUUUUCGCUGUCUGAACUGCUCAGCCUCGCAAGUCUGCUCUCAGGAUGGCACUUUGUAUCAGUCAUACCCUAUGGUAUUGCAGUAUCGACCAAGAAUUGACUUUGGAUAGGCCAAGGGCCCAGACUGCACUGAAUGAACCCUGCACUAUUUGUUUACUCGUCAGCAGAUUGCACAGUGAGCGGUGUGUGGACUUGAGAGACACCAUCUGAUUUUCAGCAUGCACAUAAGGCCAUUGUCUGUCUCGACAUUGUCGGUUUCCUUCAUGUUUCUAUUAGGAGCAAUCCAAGUGCCCUUCUGCUACUGACCAUCUGAUAAGAUACUCGUCUCGUCUCACAGUGUGCAAAGCACGGCUGCCAUCCAUCAGCUGGGAGUACAGCCGUGACUCUGCUUUCUCAAUGUUUUGCUUGCCUGUUGCAAGAUUGUUCUAAUGUUAAUUACACUAGUAAAAGGCUCAAUCCUUGUGGUGUUGCAGUUUUCACAUACUUAAUACUUUUAUUCUUGUUAAAAUAGAGUACUGUACAAGAACUAGUAUAAUUAUAUCUUAAAAUUAUUUUGUAUAAGAAUAUAUUUAGAAAAGUGGUUUCUGAGCCACUGUCCUAUUCUUGGAAAACUUUUAUGUAAAAAAGAAUAAACAGCCAAAAAAAAAAAAAAAAAAAACCAAAAUGCCAGCUCAUUCUUGAGUGUGCAAGUCCUUUUGUGAAGAAUUCCAGUUAUCUUUUGACCAGAGCACAUUACAAUUGGAGAUAUCCUGAAUGUCUGGGUAGUCUCUACCAUUGCACAGGAAGGCAUAUUAGCCCUUCACAUUGAAAACGUAUGUGACUUGGACAACUGAAGUUCAUAAUGUUGGCAGCUGAUCAUAUUGAUGUCUAAUAAAAUUAAUGUGUGAGUAUGUUAACAUUUGUUGCUGUCUUAGGGCAGGUGGGUGUUGCUUUACAAAACUCCAUUUGUUGUCUAGCCCGUGUUGUGUGUGCAUCAUGGCAUUGUUGAUGCCAUUUUGUGAAAGCAUUGUUUCUUUUAAGUUGGCCUUAGGCAUGUGUUGUGGCAUGCAGAGGGUUAUGUAUAAUGGUUUUAAAUACUAGGAUUUUAGAUAAUAUUCACUCAUUUAUGGAUUUCCAAAAUCUCAUUACUGAUCCAGAUUGUUAGCUGCAUAUCACAUUUCCAAACCAUACCCACAAAAUAAAUGCUAUGUAAUAGAUAAAUAUUCUAACCAAAAUUGGUAGUUUCGGGAUAUUUUAUUUUAGACACUGUAGUAAACAGGAAGUGGGAUUAUUGUUUUAACUGUGAGUUCAGUAAAGGUGAGUGUAGUGGAAAUCAGAACUAUGAUGAUGUCCUUGAUAUUGACAGUUUGGUUAAGUCUUUCACACAUUUUGAAAUUAGCCUGCAAGUCAGGGUCCUCUGUUACCUUACUACAUGAAAAACAUUUUAGAUCUUGUCAAAUACAUAGUUGAAAAGAAAACUGUGGAACAUGUCUGUUGGUUGCUUUGAAACAAGUUAACUUCUGACAGGUGGGGGAAAUUAGGAAAAAUGACUUGUUUCAGAAAUCUGAUAAGAGCACCAUGUGUCCCACACAUCGUUUUUAGACUGUGAACACGGGUGCUCUACAUUUCCCAGUAAAGAACUUCACAAGCUGAUGCUUUCUGAAUUCUAGAGUGCUUCAUAGAAAUAAACCAUCGUACAGCUCUAAGAAAUAUACAAAAUGAAGCUCAAUCUUGGAGUGUUUCAUAAUAUAAGAGGUUGAAAGUUUAUGAUUUUUCCUUACAUCUUUUUUUUUUCCAAGUCAAAAUGUGUAUUAAAGUUUGCUGCAUUAGAAGGCCAUAGCAACUCUUUAAAUUUCAGGUUGUUAAAAGGUAGUUGGUUUACUCUAAAGUUUAGACCAUUAUACUUGACCAAAAACUGAAUCUAUUAUCUAACUACAGAAAUUAUUUUGAUGUUUUGUAAAACCUAGUUCCUAGUUAUCCCUGAGAAAAUUUUAAAGAUACUACAGUUUGUCACAUUUAGAUAAGUAUAUUUUAAAUAUGAAGGUUAAUUUUAAUUAACUUAAGUCAAAAUCAAUUUUGAAAACCAAACACUAAGACUUGGCUAUUUCGCUCCUCAUCAAGACUUAAGGCCAUAGGUGAGUUUUAUAUACAAGGCCUCUUUAAAUUUUUCUUGUUGCCUGGUCUCGUUAUGACUAUUUUCCAGGCAUACAUAAGAAAUAGUUAGGAAAGAAAGCAGUUUUAUAGAAGUUCCUCUAUUUAAUGUUAUGCAUUGACAUUUUCACUGAGAUGUAAUAGACUAUGUGCCAACACAUACCAUUAAGGAUGGCUGAUGUCACAUGGGAACAUGAGUAAUGUGGUGUUGCUAGUGGAAUCAGGCUUUUUCAGCUAGCCUCCUCUGGUAUGGCAGCCAAAGUGCAGACCACUUGUUUGUCUGGUGUGAUAUGUACCAAAUUCCCACUUAGUUGCCCUUAUAAGGAAACUGCUGUAGGAAACAUGAGCAUGCACUGUUUGUGGCCAACUUGGCAUGUACAGGAUUGCUUAACAAAACCCUCUAGAAUAGCUCUGAAUCCAUACACUCAAGAAUAAAUGAACGUUAUUCUUCAAUCUGUUGUCCCUUAAGCAAUAAACUAAAGAACUCUGCUCCAGAAAAGAUUUUGUUACCUGUUUUACCUGCCUUAAAAAUCAGCCCGAAAGAAAGGGGCCAAGGAAUUUUGAAUAUAAAGAAUGCCUGUGGUCUGUAAUAAUCACUUUAAAUUGCAGUGAUCACCUAAGUUAAUAGAGAAAGAAAUUGUCCUUUUCUCAGGCCUAAAAAGUAAUUAUACUAGAUUAUACUAAUUCUGAGGUUUGGGUAACUAAUUUUUUUGACAACUUUUAAAUAUUCUCUAUUCACUAAGCAUCUGCCCCGUACUAAUGUGCCACAUUGUACAAAUGUACUGAGAGAGAACAAAUGUUCAUUUGAACUGAGUCCGUGAGAAAACCAGUAUGUUAUAUAAUAUUAUAAACUGUUAAGCUUUACUGAAUAUUUAAAAGAAAGUGCCUCAUUGCUAAAGUGCGUUUCUGUUUUAGGUUACCUGCAUAAGUCUCCAGUUACCUGUACCUGUCUCAUAAAUGGCUUCAUAUCUAAGUGGGCACUUAAAAGCUAAAGUCAUUUUCAAAGAGUCUUGUAUCACCAAAGACAUUCUAUUGUUGAUAACCAUGUUGGAGACAGUUUGGACAGUUCAGAAGAUGGAAUCUGGUAGAUUGUGACCUGACGGUAAAUAGGUAGUAACCGUGAUUGCUUACCAAAACAUUGCCAAUGCAGGCACUGCAGUGAGAGUUCUUGGUGGGAUGAGUCAAAUGUCUCUUGCUACAGUCAGCCUGUAUCCCUUCAAAUAGGUUCAUAUUUGUUUUUCAGCUCCAUCUAGUAGACCUUAGAAAACCCUCAAAAAUGAGAAAGAAAACAAAGGCCCUCCCCAAUGAAAAGUGAGAGAAAAAGGAACUUAGAAAAUUGAGGUUUUAAAUUUUAAGAAGCCUUUUAUUCCAUAGAGGUGGUAUGAAGGAGAGUAUGCCCGUUUAGCUCCUGAGUUCUUAGUAAAAUGUGCAGUUUUGUUGAAGACAGCCUUUAGUAGAAGUGCUGACAGGUCUGCCUGUGUAGAGCACAGAACAUUCUACUGGAUAUACAAGAAGUGCUUUUGCUAUUUUUAAAAGCAAAAUUCCAUAAGGGCCUGUGAUAGUUUUUCAUUUAAAAGUGACUUUCUCAGCAGCCACUUUAUUGUUCUUAAACUUACCCAUGUGGCCAAAUAGUGACAGUGGAGCACUGAAAACUGUCCCAGUCCGCCAUUCUCUCUCUGGGGUUGAUGGUCUGCUCUGCACCACCACUAAGGUAAAAUCCACCAGUGGUAGACCAUAGCAGAUUGGAUGAAACAGCCCCACAGUCCUGUGUUGUCUGCUCUGUAAGCACUGCAACUGAGCUGUAUCCCUCAUCCAUUCCCCUGAUUGGAUAAAGAGUUCUCUAGAAAUCUACCCUUUAUAUCAAUAAAAAGUCAGUAUGAAUUUGCCAAAUCUUUUCUGGAUUAGAACCAUAAAAACUUGAAAUAUUGUUACAGUUGUUCUCAGUAUGUAAAUCCUCUGUAGAGCAAUGAGGAACAUGGCAUGUCUCAGUGAGGGACAUGGCAUGUCUGCUAGGUCUGCCUUAGGAGAAGUUGAACAGUGUCAGGGUCACUAAAGACUCAGAAGCCCUCCACACAGGAUCACCACUUGUUUGGAUUUACUUGAUGGACUUUGCUCAGUAUGUUCUGAUCCAAAACAGGAGAUUAAGAUACAAUACAAUGCCAGUAAACAGUAGAGCUUUUGUUGUGUUAAGCUGCGGUGUCUCUUAGGCCAUUUGAAAGUCUUUCUCUUCCUAGAAUUUGAUUUUCAAAAAGAGCAAGUUUACAUCAUCAUGUUUUCUAGUAGAAUUAAAAUGUUUGGGCACUUUUUCAGAAAAUGAUAAAAAAACGUUUCAAAAGAAUUUUGAAAUUUUCAUGCAGAUGUGUCUAACCUCAUCUACUUUUCCAUGAUUCAAAAUGGUGGCUUCCCAGAAAUGUGUUUUCAUCUUAAUUGUCUUUGAAUCUAGAAUCAGAUGUAGCAGAUAUGUUCAAUACUAGGCCUAGUUUUCUUUGGUCUUGUAGCACUCACUAGAAAACUAGCUGGAGCACAAAUGAAGACCAACCAUUCUGAGGGCAUCUCUACAUAGUCUGGUGUAUUGAUUGACAUGGGACCAGGAGCAGCUCUUUCUACAUAUGUGUAGAUUUGGAGGUUACCCUGACACUGUUGAAGGCCAGUUUUCUUUUGCAGUCUUUUUCAGAAUGGGGUGGGGGCCUAAGUGUCCUUAUGAAGCUGUGGUCCAGGACAAGAGCGUGGGGUGGGGGGUAUGUGUUCCUUCACUUUCCUGUGUCUGGUAACUCAACAGCAAUCAUUUCUUAGAAUAGCCCUCACAGAAAAUCUAGCACAGAAUAUAUUGUAAAGUUAUGUUGCUAAUUUUAUUUUGAAAUACAAAAUAUUUUAAGCUUUUUGUCAAAAGUGAUAACAUCUUAAUACAAAUAAAAACCUUUUUGUGGUUGUAAGAUUUAGCUUAUGAAUCAUUCAAAUUGAAGUGAAAGAAUUACCAGGUCAUUGUUAAUGACUUAGUCUAUUAAGAAUCUAUGUAUUUUUGUAAGGAAAAGCACUUGUAGAUAUUUAAUCAGUACAAGGUCUAUGUCUGUUUUGCAGAAAGAAAAUGCUGCUUAGAGAUUCUCUUUAAAUAUUUUUUAUUUUUGUGCUCAUGUACUUUCUGUUGAUCUGUGGAAUGUUCUGUACAAAACUGUAUGACUGUACUGGUGAGCUGGAUACAUUUUUUUUAGUUCUGGUCUUAGCCAUGUAUAUUUGACAAUGUUGAAAAUAGUAUCUUUGUUAUUAAAUUUUUGAUUGCAUAUUUA